UUGAAACAGGUAAACAGCCACAAUAAAGCUCUGCAUAGAUGCGUGAUAGAAGCACGCCUGGCUUUCCGCCGCCACACCAUCUCACCAGAAUCAUCGAACUUCACUGAACCAAUAUACCAACCCCGAGAAGAAACUCAAUAUAAACCAGCUACGGAACUCGACCCUCGGACAAUUCCGAAUGACGUAACAGAAAGUUCCCGUGAACUGUGUGGAAUCAUGACACAUCCGCCCGCGACGCAGCGUCACGUAGAACUGAAGUCUAAAAGUAAAACACAAGACAGGGUAAACAGCCACAAUAAAGCUCUGCAUAGAUGCGUGAUAGAAGCACGCCUGGCUUUCCGCCGCCACACCAUCUCACCAGAAUCAUCGAACUUCACUGAACCAAUAUACCAACCCCGAGAAGAAACUCGAUAUAAACCAGCUACGGAACUCGACCCUCGGACAAUUCCGAAUGACGUAACAGAAAGUUCCCGUGAACUGUGUGGAAUCAUGACACAUCCGCCCGCGACGCAGCGUCACGUAGAACUGAAGUCUAAAAGUAAAACACAAGACAGGGCUUAUCUUCGAAGCAGCUAUCAGCUCUGCGCAAUGCUGAAAACUUGGAGUGGACAUGUGAGGAUUGUCGUAAAGAAUCGCCUCAUCGUAAGUCUCAUAAUUCCGGAGGACGAUGACGAUGAUACUGAUGGGAUUCAGCUGGGUGAAAUCGGUUCGACAGCGAUGAGUAAAUUACUUCGUGAUAUCUCAUUUGAGGUAAAGAAAGCAGUGAAGAUGGAACUGGCUUCUGUGAACGAAUCGUUAAGCUCAUGGUGUAUAAAAAUGGAUACUAUAAAUGCUACACUGGAAAUCCUAACUGAGAAAGUGAAAGACUUGGAGAAGAAAAACAUGUACUUGACAAAUCAAAAUACCCACUUGGAAUUAAAAGUUAAUGCUAUGGAACAACAAAUCAGAAAUAUGGAACAAAAACAGUUGGAUAAUGUACUGGAAAUAACAGGAAUUCCCGAAGAUAAGGACGAGAACUUGGAAAAACUUUCAAGUAAACUAGCCUCGAAACUAAAAGUAGAGAAACGUCAAGCGUCAAUGGUGAAAAGACUGAAUGGCAGGGACGGUAAAGAAGGUGUUAUCCAGGUAGUAUUACAACAAAAGGAGCAGGUCGACCAGUGGAUCCGCGCUGCACGAACGGAAACAAUUGCUUUGGAAGAUAUAACUCCAAAUGCCCUUAAUCCUGAAGUAGCCAAGAGAAGAGUGUUACUUCGGCGUGCACUAACCAAAGCAAAUAAAACACUUCUGUGGCAAGCUAAACAAACCUUGAAGGAAACUUACAAAUAUAUUUGGUUCCAGGGUGGUAAAGUUUUGGCUCGUAAAUUUGAUAAUGACAAGCCCGUUAUCAUAAGAAGCUCAUGUGAUAUUGAUAAGUUGUCUUCUCAAAAAUAUCGAUAG